GUAUGGAAUAUGCAUGCCGUUAUGGCGCAUUGAAACUAAGAUUGCCAAAAAAAAAAAAAAAAAAAACUUUUGCAAGGCCUUGAUGAAAGAGAGAGAGAGAGAGAGAGAGAGAGAGAGAGAGAGAGAGAGAGAGAGAGAGAGAGAGAGAGAGAGAGAGAGAGAAAGAGAGAGAGAGAGAGACAGAGAGCGAGCAAGAGAGAGAGAGAGAGAGAGAGAGAGAGAGAGCGGGAGAAAGAGAGAGAGAGCGAGCAAGAGAGAGAGAGAGAGAGAGAGAGAGAGAGAGAGAGAGAGAGAGAGAGAGAGAGAGAGAGAGAGAGAGAGAGAGCAUAAGAUAAAGAAAGAGAAAGACCAUAAGAGAAAGCGAGAGAGAGAGAGAGAGAAAGAGCGAAAGAGAGAGAGAGAGAGAGAGAGAGAGAGAGAGAGAGAGAGAGAGAGAGAGAGAGAGAGAGAGAGAGAGAGAGGGAGAGAGAGAGAGAGAGAGAGAGAGAGAGAGAGAGAGAUAGAGAAAGAGAGAGAGAGCAUAAGAUAAGGAAAGAGAAAGACCAUAAGAGAAAG